GGGAAAUGUAGUCCAAGCAGACUCGCAAGGUCAAAGGGUAAACGUCAAGGCUAUGCAAUGAUGGAGGAGGAGCUGGCUAUUUAACUCAUCAUGUGCUGGACAGUAGUAGUUUUUAUUGGCAACAAAAAAAAGUUUUUUUUUUUGGUGUUCUGUAUACAUGUUUUAUCACUAAUUAAUAUUUGACUGAAGAUCAAAGAGCUGUGCAGUUCCUUUCUCCAGGAGACACAGGGUUAAUGCAGUUACAGCAGCUCUGCUGGUUUGGAUACAUUUAUUAUCAAGAAACAAUGUAUCAUAUGUUACUUGGGAAGAUAUAUUUCCGUGGGAGGAGCAGGAGGGGUAAAUAAACAGGAAGAAGGACACUAUAAGUGAUCAUAGUGUGUGGUGUAAGGAUGGCAGCAGUAGAUUAUUAGAGCAAUAUGCAGUGGAGGCACAGUUUGGGGAUCUGGGUAUUUGCCACAGCUGCAGCCCUGCUUGUGUUACAUUGCUGGAACUGCCAUCUAAAAUCACAGGUAAGUGACACAAGAAUCUCAUGAAGUGAUAGCAUAGUGAUAGAAAUCUGUUUAAUAGGGGAGCUGUGUUAGAUCUGGGGGGGGUCUGUAUUUAUUUUGUCUCUCCCCAGCAGAGAUCAGGAUAUCUGCAUAGUUCUUCCCAUACUGCCACAGUUAUAGUAUAUAAACCCAUCUAAACUGGGACCUUGUCACAUUGUGUUCCUGUAUUCUUACAUUUGUUCGACCUCUUAUUAUAUAUGUAUGUCUUCCCCUUCUAUAUCAUUGCGGAGUCCGUUUUCGGAAUAAAAUGUUAAAUGAUUGCUCUAAGCACCAAAACAACUUAAGCUUAAAGGGACACUCCAGGAACAAGAACAACUUGAUUGCAAUGGUGUUGUCAUGGUGCAAGGAGGUCCCACAAGCCAGCAUUAUUGAAGGGGUUAAACCAUUAACAAACAGUUUAACCACAAAGUCUUCAAGACAGCGCCCAAUUGCAUUGCCUCUAAACUUCUGCACCAUAUUCAAGGUUUCAAUCAGAGAGAAAGAUAAAAAAUUCCAAUUUAAACAGAAUGUGCUAUAAAGGUACCUAGAAUAUCUAGUUUCCAUUUCAGGUAAUGUUUAGGAAGGCUGUGCAGGUCACAUUUGGCUCAUUUAACAUGGUGUUUUGUAUAAUCCAAACAAAACAUGUUAAAGGGACUCUAUAGUCACCAGAACAACUACAGCUUAUUGAAUUUGUUCUGGUGAGUAGAAUCAUUACCUUCAGCCUUUUUGCUGUAAACACUGUCUUUUCAGAGAAAAUACAGUGUUUACAUUACAGCCUAGUGAUAACUUCACUGGCCACUCCUCAGAUAGCUGUUAGAGAUCCUUCCUGGGUCAUGGCUGCCUAAAAUGCAUCCAAACAUUCAGUGUCUCCAACCUCUGCAUGCCGACACUGAACUUUCCUCGUAGAGAUUCAUUGAUUCAAUUCAUCUCUAUGAGGAGAUGCUAAUUGGCCGGGGCUGUGUUUGAAUCAUGCUGGCUUUGCCCCUGAUCUGCCUCCUUGUCAGUCUCAGCCAAUCCUAUGGGGAAGCGCUGCAAUUGGAUCGGGCUACCACUUCUGAUGAUGUCAGCAGACUGCUUGUUUUUCUGAGUUUAACAGCAUGCAGAGUUACAACUUUAGGCUUGAAUACAGUAAGAUCUUUACUAUAUUUAUGGAGGCAUGAGGGGCCCAGGGGGGCUAGAUGGUGGUUUUAACACUAUAGGUUCAGGAAUACAUGUUUGUAUUCCUGACCCUAAAGUGAUCCUUUAAUCUAUAGUGACACUAUGCAGUCUUUAACUCCUUAACCCCUUAAAAGGACACUAUAAUCACCAAAACAAUUUUGGCUUAACAUAUCAGUUUUUGUGUAUAGAUCAUGCAUCUGAAGUCUCACUGCUCAGUUCUCUGUCAUUUAGGAGUUAAAUCACCUUGCUAUUUUAGUUUAGAUUGUUUCAAUUUGGCUUAUUUCCUUUUUAUUAGGUAACAGUAAGACUACAGGGGCAUGGUCUAUACACCAAAACUGCUUAAAUAAGCUAAAGUUGGUUUGGUGACUAUAGUAGCCCUUUAAGGACAGAGAUAAUUGUAGAAGUUCUGAACCAAAAACAAAACCUCAAAAAAUUUAAGUUUAACCAUAAUUUACCUCUUUCAUAUAAAGUGCAGCCACACCUAUUAUGCAUCAAUUUGUUUGAGAAAUAUGGCCUUCAUUUCACAUUGUAGAUAAUGUAAAUCACAUUACUUGAUGGCUAGAUUGACUGCCUGUAGACUGACAGCGGUGGCAGGCAGGUCCCCCAAUCACAAUCAGCGUGCAGGGUAAGUAUUCGAGUCAUGGGGCAGGUCAGAUGAUUAGGGCAUACUCUGGGGGAGAUUUAUCAUAGUGUACUGUGGUGGAAAAAUGUAAAAUAGGAGGAGCCACAAAUGGAAUGUGCCUGUUGGUUUCUAUGGUAAUUGCCCCACUUAUAGUAAUUUAGACCAUUAUUUAGAACAGAAAUUUUAUAAAUGCUCCCCAUUGUGUUUUUUGUUUUUCUUUACAGACAUGGCAUAAACCCAUCUAUGAUUACUUAUGGGAAGAAGACGAACAACUCUACAAGUUGGACGCCAACUGGCCCAAAAAUGGAGAAUUAUUUUCUGGUGUAGCCUACGGUGUGGCAGUUGACCCCUUGAAUUCAUUAGUUUAUGUAGCACAGGUAUGCUAUUUUAGUUUAGAUUGUUUCAAUUUGGCUUAUUUCCUUUUUAUUAGGUAACAGUUUAGUUUUUUUGUUUUGUUUUUUCUUCCUUAAACCUUUCUGUCACUUAUUUCGGACACAGCAUGCUCAAAUAACCUUUCCAUUAAACCAUGUUUUCAAUAUCUAACGUGAAGGCUGAUAGGCCUAUAACAUUUAACCCCUGGGGGAGUAUGUGUUGUAGGCAACACAAACCAAAGUUUAGUUAUAGGCCCCUGGGGUGGAGCAUUUGGAGAGCAGGGUGGGCCAAUGCUCCACUCUGCAGUUUACAUACAACUGGGAGAAAUAAGGUCCAGGCGAGAGUUUUAAUCUAUCUCCAACCCACUGCUCAGCUGCAGAUAAUCAUCUGCAGCAGUGGGAAUAAACCCCUCCCUGCUAGGCAGGUAAAGGGGGAUUGCUGGCUUCCUCCCUGGAAGCAGGUAGGAGAGACACUGUUCUCUCCUGUGAGAGAGUCAAGGAGACUGGGCACUGGGAGUGCAGAAAGAAAAGCAGUUAAGGCUGGCUUGGAGCACUGGGAGUGCAGAACGAAGCAGUCAAGGCUGGCUUGGAGCACUGGGAGUGCAGAACGAAGCAGUCAAGGCUGGCUUGGAGCACUGGGAGUGCAUAAAGGAAAGCAGCAGGCUAGCUGAGCGCACUGGAGUGCAGAAAGGAGUGCAGAGUGUUGCUAUCUAAUAAGGUUGGUGCAACCCAACAAUAUAUUUUGUUAGUUUAACCCUGAUAGAGAGGGAUAUUAAAAGUGGGUCAGUGCUCAGACGAGCUAGGUUUUUGUUUAAAGGGGAAAACUGUUAUAUUUAUGUUUAAGUUGUGUUGCUGUGUGGACUUGCCAAUAAAAUUGCCUGGAUUAGAUGAAAACCAAAAGACUGUGCCUGUUGUUUACCCUAGAGGACCGUGCUAUCUGCAAACGAGGAUCACACUCUGUAGAAUAUAUAUAGAAAAUGCAUAUGUACAGUCAUUUAACAGGGAACACUUGCCAACUUAUAUAUACCUGGCAUAAGCAUUUUGAUCAAAUUCAUCAUCCAAUAUGUAUCCUUGAUUGAAAAUAUCCUUAAAUGAACUUGCUUAAGUUGUUUUGGUGCCAGGAAUGCCCAUAAACUGUGAUUUUGAUUUUUAGAGAGGGGAAAAUGUAUCCAAAGUGCUGGUUUUUACAGAAGAAGGAUAUUUUAAGGAGCAUUGGAAUACAAACACCAUUGAGAUGCCUCAUGGGAUAUUCGCAGUGAGCACUAAUACAGAGCAGUUCAUAUGGAUAACAGAUGUGGGCUCAGGCAAGUGAAUGACAUAUAUUUGCCAUAUUGGUGCAUUAAAUGAUGUUUAAAGGAAUUUAAGAUGACAAAAGAUCCCUGACCAAAGAAAGAACAAUAAGGCACUAUAUAAAUCUUUAAAAAUUACAUUAUGUCAAUUUAAAGUAGUAAUGUCAGUAGCUAGUGUACGUCAUAGACACAAGAUCUGUGUCUAUAGUAAAUCGAGUGAUAUCCUAUGUAGUAAAGAAAUAUAUAUGUAAAGGAAAAAUAAGAAAUCAUUUUUCUUUACAUAUAUAUUUCUCUACUACAUAGGAUAUCACUCAAAUUACUAGACACAUCUUAUUGUGUCUGACGUACACUAGCUACUGACUUCAUUCUUUUAAAUUGACAUAAGUUAAUUUUUAAACACUUAUAUAGUACCUUAUUGUUCUUUCUUUGGUUAGGGAUAUUUCUCUCUAUAUAUUUUUUUUUAAUUUUUUUUUUUAUCUUAAAUAUUUCACUGGGUUCAUUCCCCCAUUUAUCCUUUGACCAUUCUUCCCAAUUUGAUGUUUAAAGAAACACUGCAGGAACAAAAACCCCCGCAGCUUGCUGUAAUGGUUAUGGUGCCCAGGCGCACCCACCCACUGUAAACAGUCAAACCAGUUUAGAGAAGCUCCUGUUUGCUCCCUUGAGAAGAGCUCUGCAAUGGCUGAGAGUGAUCUGCUGAGGACCUUCUAUUUCUCCAGCAAUGGUGGUGGUGGGAGUGGUGCCCUCAUUGUAGUCCAGGCUUGCCUGCAUGCUUGGGUUCUAAUCCAGAAUUACAUACACUAUAGCCUUACACAGUUUGUGCCAUAAUACUACUAUAGAAAGAGUAAUGCAUUGGAAGUUUGUAUAAAAAUAAUUUUGCUGGUUUAAAGUUCUAAAAGCAGACAAUUUACCAUGGAAACCUGGUUUCCUUGUUCCUUAUUAUCGCAACUCUUUAAGAACGUAAUCUCAAAAUUUCUUUAUAUAUAGCUUCCGAUGUUUAAAGCAAUAUAUUCCUCUGACUUUAUUAUUCUCUGAGUUCACAAAUUAAUGUAAAUCCUGACUUGGUAUAUACCUAAUUUGCAGGAUUAUAUGGGCACACAGUAAAAAAGUAUUCACCCUCUGGAAAUCUUGUUCAAGUCCUUGGAAUACCAGGAAAGGCAGGUUCAAGCCUGAAUCCACUUCAGUUUGAUCAACCUGCAGACAUUUUUGUUGAGAAAACAGGCGAGAUUUACAUUGUGGACGGAGAUGGUGGACUGAAUAACAGGCUUCUCAAACUCACAGACAGUACGUACUUACUUUUCAUGGUAUCUAUAUGUUCUAUGCAGCUAUAACCAUUACAGAGAUGUAUACGUUUUUUUUAUAUUAUGGAUUAUUUUUGUACCGCAGCUAGGAGAACUGUAUAUAUUAUGACCUGUAAUUAAUGAAGCAGUACUGUGUGGCAAAUUUAUAUAAAAGUGAAAUUAAAUCCCAAUUGUAAAAUUUACACCAAGAUAACAAACUUUUUUUAAAAUGCUACAGUAUUGUUUUUUAGGUUACAACACAAACCAGUAACUGUGAAAAAAUGCAAGUUUUAGACUAAAGUAGUCUAACUGAGAUCAGGCUAUAAUUUCCAAUUACUUUGAUAAUUCUCUACAACUUAAAGUUUAGUGAAUACCAGCCUGACCUUGAACUAUUAUGUUGUACUUUCAGAAUGGAGACAAUCGGACAGUUUUUUAUUUUAUUUUUUUAUAUAUAUAUAUAUAUAUAUAUAUAUAUAUAUAUCCACGCGCCUUCUGUGUGUUACAGUAACAGUAUAGUGUCAGGAAUGCAAACCUGUAUUUCUGACAUUAUAGAUUUAAGAUCAUAUUAGGCCCCCGACCCCCUCUCCUGCCUUUAAAAGGUGAGAUUAUUCCCAGUGCAGUGCGGAUCUCCUUGUGGUUGACCAUGCACCUGCACUUACUCCUUGGCUGAGAUCAUUGAAUUCGAUCUCAGCCAAUUCAAAGCUUUCCCAUAGAAAAGCAUUGGGAGGCAAUUGCACAUGCGCAGCAAAACGCUGUCAGUGCAUCUCUGAGGAGAUGCUUAUUGGCACAUGUUAGCCUAAAUCAAUGCAUCUCUAUGGGGACCGUUCAGUGUCUCUAUUCAAAAUAGUGGAGAAGCUGAAUGUCUGUGCUGCACACUGUGCAGCAGUGACCCAGGAAGCACAUCUAGUGGAGAUGUCCCUAGGCUGUACUGUAAACAAUGCUGUUUCUUAAAAAGGCAAUGUUUACAGUAAAUCUCCUGCAGGGAUUUACUAUACAUACCAGGACAAAUAGAUAAAGCUGUAGUUGUUCUGGUGACUAUGGUAUGGUAUUUAAUAUGCAAUAAGCCAUAAUUUUGGACUGAAUCCUAUCACAAACGGGACUGAAGUGGAACCCAUGCAAUGACUACAUGUUGUGUUUUAAAACCUUGCAGAAAUGAUUUAUUUCUAAAGUGCCAACAAAUUCUGCACUAUAGUGAUCCUUCAACUACAAGAUAUCCGUAAUUAAAUAUAAUAUUAAGAUUACUUAGUACUAUUAUUUACUUUUUUCCCUUCUGGCAUUGUAAAAUAUUGCAGUUUUUAGAGAAAAUCUGUUUUUUUUUUUUUUUACCCUAUAGGAUUUAACAUGAAGGAAAGGGACCUCAGUUAGGAAAAAGGACAAAUGAGUCAUUUAUUACAUGUGAGUUUACAGAGGAAGAGGUUCUAUUUCAACUGUCAAAAGUAAAGACAAGUCAAUGGGACCUGAUGGAAUACCCCCAAAGCUAUUAAAAGAGCUUAGUAGUGUACUAGCAAAACCAUUAACCGAUUUAUUUAACCAAUCAUUGUUAACAGGAGUAGUCGCAGAAGAUUGGAAGUUAGCGAAUGUUGUGCCCAUUUACAAGAAAGGUAGUAGGCAGGAGUCGGGCAACUAUAGACCAGUAAGCCUUACUUCAGUAGUGGGGAAAGUAAUGAAAACCAUGUUAAAGGAUAGGAUUGUUGAACAUCUAAAAAUACAUGGAUUUCAAGAUCAGAGACAACAUGGGUUUACUUCAGGGAGAUCAUGCCAAACUAAUCUUAUUGAUUUUUUUGAUUGGGUAACUAAAAUUAUAGAUCAGGGUGGUGCAGUAGACAUUGCUUACCUAGAUUUCAGUAAGGCUUUUGACACUGUUGCACAUAGAAGGCUUAUCAAUAAAUUGCAAUCUUUAAGUUUGGAUUCCAAUAUUGUUUAAUGGGUAAGGCAGUGGCUGAGUGACAGGCAACAGAGGGUUGUAGUCAAUGGAGUAUAUUCAAAGCUUGGACUUGUCACCAGUGGGGUACCUCAGGGAUCUGUACUUGGACCCAUUCUCUUUAAUAUUUUUAUUAGUGAUAUUGGAGAAGGUCUUGAUGGUAAGGUAUAUAUUUUUUCUGAUGAUACUAAGAUAUGGAACAGGGUUGAUGUUCCAGGAGGGAUAAGCCAAAUAGCAAAUGAUUUACGUAAACUAGAAAAAUGGUCAGUUGUGGCAACUGACAUUUAAUGUGGAUAAGUGCAAGAUAAUGCAUCUUGGACAUAAAAAAAACCCAAGGGCAGAGUACAGAAUAUUUGAUAGAGUCCUAACCUCAACAUCUGAGGAAAGGGAUUUAGGGGUGAUUAUUUAUGAUGACUUAAAGGUAGGCAGACAAUGUAAUAGAGCAGCAGGAUAUGCUGGCAGAAUGCUUGGUUGUAUAGGGAGAGGUAUUAGCAGUAGAAAGAGGGAAGUGCCCAUGCCAUUGUACAGAACACUGGUGAGACCUCACUUGGAGUAUUGUACGCAGUACUGGAGACCGUAUCUUCAGAAGGAUAUUGAUACUUUAGAGAGAGAGUUCAGAGAAGGGCUACUAAACUGGUUCAUGGACUGCAGGAUAAAACUUACCAGGAAAGGUUAAAGGAUCUUAACAUGUAUAGCUUGGAGGAAAGACGAGACAGGGGGAGAUAUGAUAGAAACAUUUAAAUACAUAAAGUGAAUCAACACAGUAAAAGAGACCAUAUUUAAAAGAAGAAAAACUACCACAACAAGAGGACAUAGUCAAAUUAGAGGGGCAAAGGUUUAAAAAUAUCACUUUACUGAGUAUUACUUUACUGAGAGGGUAGUGGAUGCAUGGAAUAGCCUUCCAGCUGAAGUGGUAGAGGUUAACACCGUAAAGGAGUUUAAGCAUGUGUUGGAUAGGCAUAAGGCUAUCCUAACUAUAAGAUAAGGCCAUGGACUAAUGAAAGUAUUUAGAAAAUUGGGCAGACUAGAUGGGCCGAAUGGUUCUUAUCUGCCGUCACAUCCUAUGUUUCCAGUGCACUUGUCCAUUAUAUACACCUUAUUCAAAUAAAGAAUACAAAAAAUGGAAGUUUGUUGGUUACCUUGGUUAUUAACAAAAGGCUUUUUAACCCCUUAAGGACCAAACUUCUGGAAUAAAAGGGAAUCAUGACAUGUCACACAUGUCAUGUGUCCUUAAGGGGUUAAGAAUUUGAAAUGUGAGCUACUGAAACAACAUUUAGACAUUUAAAGAUAUAUGUACCUCUUUUGGAUAUGUAUAACGUUAUUUAGCAGUGUUGAUUUAUUUAAAGGUGCACUAUGGCACAUCCCAUAGCUGUGUUUCAUAAUGAUCCACUGUAGACUUGCAACACCGUUUGUAACUUGUGUGAUACCAUUUUGAUUUGCAUUCUUGUUUUUUGUUAUAGAUUUCUGGGUGCAGUGGACCCUGGGUGGCAAUGGUACAAAUCCUGGACAGUUCUAUAUUCCACACAGUGUAGUGGUGGAUGAACAAGGACGAGUAUGUAUCCAGAAGUUUAUGCAGUGCUAUAUUCUAGAACAUGUUACAGAUCUUUUUGAUGUACAGAGUUAGAGCCUUGUACAGUUUAGCAGUACUUUAAAUGCCUACUUUAAACCAAUAUAGUCUAGUUGGAAGAAGAUUGUACGCCGAGAUGCUUUAUUCCAUGUAAACAAAAGACAUAGUCGGUGUUUAUUUUUCAGUCAAUACUCGGUACUAAUGCUAAAAGUAGGCACCCAGAAUGAGUGCUGUAGAAUUGUGGUUGACAACGAUUUAUAGUAAAAGGAAACCAACCUUUUAAAUGUGUUCGUUAGGCAGGAAAGAACUAAUAAUUUUCAGGCUAAAUUGAGAGUGGAGAAGACUAGUCCUGGGGGGGCAGGGCUGGACCAUCGAGCUGACAGGAUUCCAUCUUUAACAGCUCUGGUUUUGCGCCUGAUCUGCAACCAUCCUGCUUCUUUCCAACUGCUCUCAUCACUUAAUGCUACUUUUUGGCAUAAAUAAUCCUACAAAAACAUUUUUGACACAUUUAUGUGAGGUUUACCCUUUGAGAACUUCACUUACAACCUCUUUGUACGACUGCUCACUGUAAGACCUGCUAUUUGACUGAGAAGGCAUGCUCUCCCAGCAAGAUUCUGACUGGUGUGGGUUAUCCAUGCACAAGUGUCAGUUUGAAUAAUUUUGAUUUGGCUCUCCCCUUACCCUCCAUGUGACUGACUGUAAAGCUGCUAUGCCAUUUUUCUCUUCUACGCAUGCUCCUGGUAAAAGGAGGAUAUCCGAGAGACAGACCGGGAACUACCUACCUACAGUCCUAGAGACUGACGCCUUGUUCCAGAGUUGCCGGAUGUGAUCAGUGAUGGAAUGCAGGGGCCUCCACCUCCGGUAUGAGACUGGAGAGUGUCCCCUUUGCAGAUAGCCCUGCUGGCUCAGGCUGAUGGGGCCUCCGGUAGUCCGGCGCUGUGUCGCUUGAGAGUGGCUGGCAUUUGGGGUCUUUUGUAAAGCUACUCUGCAACUUUAUUGUGGAAGUGCAGAAGGUUGCUGGCCACAGAGGCCUUUGGAGGGGGGAGAGGAGCUUGUGAAGUAGAUUUGAGUGCCCCCUGUGCCAUUGAUGAUACCACAAAGUGUCUGCACUGGCAUAUACACUUUUGCUGAUUCCAUGCUGUCCGUUUCAGUGGUGAAGAAGGGUGGCUAUCCCAUCUCUGUGGAGCUACUCACUAAUUUUUUUUUUUUUUUUUUUUUUUAAAUGUGAUCCAAACUUAUUACCCUGUUGUGCAUAUAGUUUGCUGGCCAUUCAUGCUAGCAUUUAGAUCUUCUGGUUUGCCCUAGGCAACUUUUUGUGUGCUCACCGGGAUAUACCAUUAGAUCGUCAAGCAGGCUAUUUCUUUUCACGUCUAUCGGGACUCUUUCCUUCUCUUAUGCUUAAAAGGGACAUGAUAGUCACUGGAACAACUACUGCUUAAUGCAGUUGUUCUGGUGAGUAUAGUCAGUCCCUGCAAUCUUUUUGCUGUAAACACUGCCUUUUUAGAGAAAAGGUAGUGUUUACAUUACAGCCUCGGGACACCUCCAGUGACGGUCACUCAGAGGGCCACUAAAGGUGCUUUCUGGGUCAAUGCUGUACAACACAAAAAAUGCUCACCAAUACAUUGAUUCAAUGCAUCUCUGUGAGGAGAUGCAGAUUGGCCAGCGCGAUGAUUGGUUCCAAUCCACUUCCUUGGAUUAGAUUAUCAGAAUUGACAAUCUCUGAAAAUCCGAUGCUUUCCCAGCAUGCAUGAUAUUUUAUUGUCACUUUAAUAUAGCAAUGGCUAAGGUCUUCUUACUGGAAAUAUGUCUGUGUAUUCUUUUUAGACCCAAGACACGAUUCAGUUGAUGUGUUAAUGGAUACAACAUAUAACAUAGUAACUUAAACAAUAGGUGCUUCCAAACUAUUACUAUUUUAUAAUACUAUAUUUCUCUCUCUCUCUCUCUCUCUCUCUAAAAUAAAUAUAAUAUUGUUAUUUGCAUUGUACAUGACCUUUCAUAUUACUGUUAUUCAUGACAUAUACUAUAUGGACAAAAGUGUUGUGACAUCUGACCAUUACACAACAGAGACUUUUAUGACAUUGCAUUCCAAAUACAUAGACUUUAAUAUGUAGUUCCUCAUUUGCAGCUAUAACCACUUCCACUCUUCUAUUUUUAAGGUUUUUUUGUGUGCAAGUUUUUGCACAUUCAUCUAGUAGAGCAUUGUUAGAUUAAGCAUUAGCUUGGACGAUGAGGCCUGGCUCACUAUCUCUGUUCCAGUUCAUCCCAAAGGUGUUCAAUAGGGCUGAGGACAGGGCUCUGUGCGGGCCAGUCCAGUUCCUUCACAACAAACUUAUACAACCAUGCCUAUGUGCAGCAUAGAAUUGUCCAAAAUGUCCUGGUAUGCUGACGCAUUAAGGUUUCCCUUCACCGGAAGUGAAAAUCAGCCCCAUACCCUUAUCUCUCCUCCACCAAACUUUACAGUUGAUAAAAUGCAGUUAGGCACGUAACGUUUUCCUGGUAUCCGCUAAACUCUGAUCACCCAACUGAGAAGCAAGAUUCGUCACUCCACAGAACACGUUUCCACUGCUCCAAGUGUCGAAUUGAGUGGUGUAAAGCACUCUGCCACUGGCUCUGUGACUUUACGUGGUAUUCUGUUUCAUGGCUCAGUUGCUGCUGUUCCUAAAUGCUUUCGCUUUUUAAUAACCGUAGCAGGGAUGAAGUUUCACAAAUUGACUUAUCCCAUGGUGGCAUCUUAUCAAAGUACCACACUUGAAUUCAGAACAACACUUUUUUUUUUUUUUUUUUUUUCACAAAAUGUUUUGUAAAUGCAGACUGCAUGGUUAGGUGCUUGAUUUUAUAUACCUAUUGCAAUGGGUCUCAUUGAAACACCUGAAUUCAAUAAUUAAUUUGUCCCAAUACUUUUGUCCAUACAGGGUAUGCCGUCAGUGGUGUUUUUAGUAUUUGUGCUGCCCCUCCUAAUUAAAAUUUUCCCCACCCCUUCCUGUCAAGGACGCACACUCACUGACAGACGCAUACACUCAUUGACACACACUCUCAUAUACACUGACAAUGACAUACACACUCACUGAUUUGACACACUGAUGGACACACACUAUUACUUGUAAACACUGACAGACAGCCACACAGUGACAGACAUACACACUGACAGCAAGACACAUGUAAUCACUCAGACACACACUGAUAUACACACACUGACAGCAAGACACACAAUCACUCACAUACACUGACAGACUCCCCUCUCCCCAACAUUAAUUAAUAAAGAUAACUUUUUCUAUUUUAGUUUAAAUCCACCCAGCCUCCCUACCUUUGGAAGAGCUGGGUGUAUUUUUUUUUUUUUUUACCUGGGGUCCAGUGGGUCUUCUUGCAGGGAGGGAGGCAGGCACUUAGGCGGCUAAGUAGAAAUCCUGGAACUUGGGCGGCUAAGUAGAAAUCCAUGCGGGCGCCACUGGCGAGGGAGCACUGAUUAGUGAGCUCUCUGCUCAGCUUCCUCGCGCGCCACACAGUGAUGCCGGGAGCCGGAAUAUGACGUCAUAUUCCGGCUCCCAGCAUCACUCUGCGGCACGCGGGAGCAGAGCAGAGAGCUCACUAAUCAGUGCUCCCUCGCCAGCGCCGCCUACCCGCCCACAUGGAUUUCUACUUAGCCGAAUGCCGCCAGGCUAACAAGGCAUUAGCCUGGGCAUUUGGGGGCGGCGUUUUUUGCCGCCCCCUGGUAAGUGCCGCCCAAGGUAAAUGCCUUGUUUGCUUCCGGCAAUUACGUCCCUGUAUGCCAUAUCUAUCUAUCAAACCUUGAAUUACAAAAAAAAAGACUAUUCCUGUAAGUAAAGCUUUUUCAAAUAGGGGAAAAAAAAGAUGCAUUGCAUAAAUAACCUCUGAUGCUAAAUCUAACCACUGCAAAGUUUAAGUCAGGUGCAUGGUUUUUGUUUAUUUGUUCUAUAAAAUAUAACACUAAGCUUAUGCAUCAUAAGACAUUAAUAGCCUUUAUGAAAUGUCCCCAUUUAAUGAUCGCUAUAGCACCGAAAUCUUCUUUUCUGAGAAAAAGGCUCAUACCAACCUUUUUAAUACACACUUUUGCUUUUAGGUGUGGGUUGCAGAUCGCGGUAAUAAAAGGAUACAGGCAUUUGAUAAAAUCUCAGGAGAAUGGAUCGGUACUUGGGCCACCUGUUUCCUAGACGAUGGCCCCUAUUCAGUCCGGUAUGAAGGCACACUUCUCAUAAAAUAUUGCAGUAAUUAACAGACAGUUUGACAUGUUUACUUUUUAAAAUACAAUCAGAAGUUUUCUAAUAUGUGUAACAGAAUGUUAAAGGUUUUUUUCUGACUCAUCCAGCUUGUAUACAAGGUAUUGUAAGAUUAGCUGCCAUCUGCCCACUGGCGAAUAUGAGUCAUAAAAAAUAGAGAUCCUUAUGGUAAAUGACAUAAUGUAUUCCAAUGACAGGAUAAAGUAAUAUUCUGAAUUAUAUGUGCUCUCAACUUCAUAAACAGCAGACGCUUGUUAACGCUAUGUAUACUGGUCUUAUUCAGUGGAGUAGAAUGUGGAUCAAAGCAAUCACCGUAAAAUGUUAUUGAUUUUUUUUUUACUGUUAUAUUUUAGUUACAGUGCUUAUUUGUACUUUAAAUAGUUUAAAUGAUUAAUGGGAAGCAUUUCACUAACGUUACUUCCACAUAUCAAAACUUGCAUGCGGACUGCCCAUUGAAGCUCACCUCAUUCCCUGGACGAUGGGAUAGAGGCUACACUAUUAAAAUCACGUGUCCAGAGAAUACCCAUGACUGGGAUAGACCGGGACCUCAUCAAGAGUCUGGCAUUUUCUGGCUUUUCAAAUGGCAUAUUAUCAACCAUUUAUGUAACUGAAGGGCCAUUAACCCCUUAAGGACACAUGACAUGUGUGACAUGUCAUGAUUCCCUUUUAUUCCAGUUUGGUCCUUAAGGGGUUAAACAAGACUAAUCCUCAAACAAUUAUUCCAGUUAGCUUUGUAUUUUGCAUUUAACGCAUACCUUCUUUGUAGUACAAAUCGUAACUUUCAGUAUUGUGGGUGUUACUUUUUGAGGUGUUUAUUUUGUUUAAAUCAGAUCCAGCCUAUAUAGGAGGAGGUAUUGUCACAUUUUAAGUACUACCAAAUGGUAGUAAUGGAGAAUUACUCUCACACAGGUAUUUUUGUCAGGUACACAUAAUCCAUUACAUUUUUAGACUUAUUGUAGCAUACAUCUUGAAAUAUGAAUUACUCAUGUCACCCAUGUAUGAUUACAAUGAAUGUUUGUUUACUGAUUUACCUUGCAUAUUUUUUUCUUCUUUUUAUUUUAGGUUAACCGCUGAUAAGAAGUACCUUAUUGUGGCUCAGCUAAACCUAAGCCGCGUGCUGUUACUAUCCAUGCCUCCUAUAGGGGGAAUUGGAGUGUGUCACGUUAUAAACACUAUUCAGAUGGCAGAUGGAGUUCGGCCACAUCUUGUAGAUGUGAAUGUAAAAACUGGUUCUAUUUAUGUUGCGGAACUCGGUGCUCAGCAAGUACAAAAAUAUGUGCCUUUUAUAAAAUAAUCAUGAUUAAAUAAACUAAAAAUACCUUUUGAAAUACACUUUUUUUUUUUUUUUUUUAAGUGGUGUGACCACAUGUCUUUGGAUGGUAAAAUUAGUUUCACUUCUGGGUCAGAGUGGAAUCUGUUGCAUCCAGUGAAAGUGCAAGGGACUGUCAUGCAUUAUUGGCAUUUACUUUAUUGUCUGAAUUCUAAAAUGCAAAAAUAUUUUACUACCUUCUCACAUUUUAAUGAGG